GGCUUUUAUUGACUUAACACCGAGAAAUGAGCCCCGAGGUUAACUGAAUCGCAGGGAGUGCGAAAGCGGCGCAUCCCUCCCGGGGAAGCCAGUCUGGUUCCACAAGGGAGGGCAGGACAAGGAAGAAGGCUUCGCCGCCGGUGGCUGAGCGCUCUUUCCCUCUAGUGUCCUUAGCUGCCCCCGUUCCCGGCACCCGCCGUUCAUUUGCCGCCUUCCAACGCGUGACCCCGGCGCGCUCGCGUCCUGAGCCGGUGACAGGCGCGGGGUGCGCCGAGAGAUCCCAUGUGCCCCCUCCCUCUCCUGGCUGCCUCAGUCGCCGCGUCCCGAAUCCCGCUCCGGCUCCUCGGCAGAGAACUUGCUACCGCCGCCGCCAUGUCUGCCGCAGGGCGACUCAAAACCGUGGACUACGAAGUGUUCGGGAGAGUGCAGGGUGUUUGCUUCAGAAUGUACACAGAAGGUGAGGCUAAGAAAAUAGGAGUGGUUGGCUGGGUGAAGAAUACCAGCAAAGGCACUGUGACAGGCCAAGUGCAAGGCCCUGAAGAGAAAGUCGAUUCCAUCCCUCAUCCCACUGAUAAUGGGUUUGGCCGUGAGACUUGCUUUGGUCAAUGGAAUGUUGGUGGAUGUGACACAAAGCCGAUGUCCUGGCUGUGCAAAGUUGGAAGUCCUAGCUCUCGCAUUGACCGCACAAACUUUUCUAAUGAAAAAUUCAUUUCUAAACUUGACUACUCCGAUUUUAGUAUUCGAUACUAAUAGAAGAGAAAUAAAAAUUUUAAUGCUUAUAAUGCACACUAGAUAUUCUUAAGUCUGUAUUAGAAUAUUAAUAGAUUAAGUUCAAAAAGGAACUUUCUGUUCUGAAAGGUACAACAGAAUGUGUUACUAAAAAUGUCUGACACAAAUAGUUUUACUCAACUAUGUUUUUAAAAAGUAAAAACUUCACAUUACAAAGCAUUUAAUAUGAAUAUUUAAACUUGCUAAUGGAAUCUUUAAGUCUAAUGAAUGUUCUAGCAAACAUGUUAUUUGGCUAGGCUUAAAAUAAAGCUAACCAUUUAAGGAU